AUUAGAGCUGGAAUUUAAUUAAGUGAAGCUACAUCUUAUCCAAUUAUAAACUUGUGUUUAGACUGCCAUUGGAUCAAACUCUUUGUUUCUUGCAAGUCUAAACAAUAUAUUACUGUAUAUAUUGAGACAGAGAGAAAAACAAGAAGAAAGUUUAGAUGAAGAGGAAAAGAGAAAUGGAGAAAGAAUCAGAGUUAAAAUCCGGCAUUGAAGAGCUGAGCUUGUUGAUUCAGCUUAAGAGUAUUCAUGAGACUGAUGAUGGUGCUUAUUUACCAACAAGGCCUUUUUUAUAUCUCUGCAAUUUGCUUAUUCAGCUUCUUGAUAAAAUAGGCCCGACAAUGGCGGUUCUCAGACAAGACAUCUACCAAAAUGUUCAGAGAUUAGAGAUGCAAUGUGAUUCUGAUCCAUCUUUAUAUUCAAAUUUAGUUGAGAUUUUGAAGAAAGAGUAUACUGAUGGCAAUGCAAGAACGGGUGCAAGCUCUAGUAAAGCCUUUGUUUGGCUUACCAGAUCAUUGGAUUUUACAGCUGCUUUAUUACAAAGAUUAGUGAUGGAUCCUGGUGAGGAAAUGGAGCAAGCGGUGGAAGAUUGUUACAGUAUCACCUUAAAGCCAUGGCAUGGAUGGAUUUCAUACGCUGCGUUUAAAAUAGCUCUUAAAUUAAUUCCUGAUACCAAAACCUUACUUAAUCUCCUUAAGCCAAAAGAUGAAACCUGUGAUGAACUUGCACAAGAUGUGGAAACAUUUCUUUCGUUACUUGCACCAAUUCUUGAAGAGAAUCACUCCGUUAUAACACAUUACAGGUUGGAUAAAAUGAAGUCUACUUAAAGAAGGCAAAAAACGUGUAGAAACUUCUUCUCACAAAUAUCACAAUCCUGAAGAUGACUUUUAGUUCUUCUUUUAUAAUAGAUUACCUAAAACCUCAUUUUCUUUCCAUGUAAAUAUGACUUUUUGGUGUGAAAUGAGCUAAGUUUCUUUU